AGCUGGUCUAGCAUCGUCAAUGGAAAUCGGGCGUUGUGGAGGCAAAGCGCGCACACCGACUAGCUAACUUCCAGUCGCACCAUGGUUUCCACUACGAUUCGUUUUCCGUGGAUUACCCUUUGCCUUCAUUUAUGCUAUUUUACGAACACUGGAGUAGCACAAAAUGCGAAAGAAGUGAUCCUGUUGGAUUCUAAAGCGCAGCAAACCGAGCUGGAGUGGAUUUCCUCACCUCCUAGCGGGUGGGAGGAGAUCAGCGGCCUGGAUGAAAACUAUACCCCCAUCCGCACAUACCAAGUCUGCCAGGUGAUGGAGCCCAAUCAGAACAACUGGCUACGGACUAACUGGAUAGAGAAGGGCGAUGCCCAGAGGAUUUUUGUGGAACUGAAGUUCACAUUGAGGGAUUGUAACAGCUUACCGGGCGUGGUGGGCACAUGCAAGGAGACGUUCAACUUGUAUUACCAGGAGACCGAUUCGGAGGUUGGAAGGAAUAUACGGGAGAGCCAGUACGUGAAAAUUGACACUAUUGCCGCUGAUGAAAGCUUCACCCAAGGGGAUCUGGGCGAAAGGAAGAUGAAGCUGAAUACCGAAGUGCGCAUUAUCGGCCCCCUAUCCAGACGCGGGUUCUACCUGGCCUUCCAGGAUGUGGGAGCGUGCAUUGCACUGGUGUCCGUCAAAGUGUAUUACAAGAAGUGCUGGUCGAUCAUUGAGAAUUUGGCCACUUUCCCCGACACUGUGACCGGAUCUGAGUUCUCGUCUCUUGUCGAAGUGGAAGGGAUGUGCGUGAGCGACGCAGAGGAGGAGGCCGACAACUCUCCCAAGAUGCACUGCAGUGCCGAGGGGGAGUGGCUUGUUCCCAUUGGGAAGUGUAUCUGCAAGGCGGGAUUCCACCAGAAGGGUGACGCUUGUGAACCCUGUGGUCGUGGCUUCUACAAGGCAUCGUCGCAGGACCUGCAGUGCUCACGCUGUCCGGCACGCAGCUACAACGACCGCGAAGGCUCCUGGCGCUGUGACUGCGAGGACGGCUACUACCGCGCGCUGUCCGACCCGCCGUCCGCGGCCUGCACGCGGCCCCCUUCAGCGCCGCAGAAUCUGGUCUUUAACAUCAACCAGACCACGGUGACCCUGGAGUGGACCCCCCCAGCAGACACGGGGGGCCGCAGUGACGUCACCUACCGGGUGGUGUGCCGCCGCUGUACCUGGGACCCUGAGGAGUGCGUGCCGUGCGGCAGCAAUGCGGUGUACGUCCCCCAGCAGGCUGGCCUAGCCGACACCUAUGUCACCAUCUCCGAGCUGUUGGCGCACGCCAACUACACCUUUGAGGUGGAGGCGGUGAACGGCGUCUCGGACCUCAGCCGCACACAGCGGCUCUUUGCCGCCGUCAGCAUCGCCACCAGCCAGGCAGCACCCUCACAGGUCAGCGAGGUCAUCAAGGAGUGGGUCCAGCAGCGCAGCGUGCAGCUGUCGUGGCAGGAGCCCGAGCAGCCCAACGGCGUCAUCACCGAGUACGAGAUCAAGUACUAUGAGAAGGAUCAGAAGGAUCGCAUUUACUCAACGGUGAAAUCGAAGUCGACGUCCGCCACAGUUAACAACCUGAAGCCCAGCACGGCGUACGUGUUUCAGAUCCGGGCCUUCACGGCUGCGGGCUACGGCACGUACGGCCCGAGGCUGGAGGUCACCACAAAGGAGGAGGCCUCAGCCACUGUUGUCUCCAGCGAACAGAACCCGGUCAUCAUCAUUGCCGUGGUGGCCGUGGCCGGGACUAUCAUCCUGGUUUUCAUGGUCUUUGGCUUCAUCAUUGGGAGAAGGCACUGCGGAUACAGCAAGGCCGACCAGGAAGGGGACGAGGAGCUUUACUUCCAGUUUAAAUUUCCAGGCACCAAAACUUACAUCGACCCUGAGACCUACGAGGACCCGAACCGAGCCGUCCAUCAAUUCGCCAAGGAGCUGGAUGCUUCCUGCAUCAAGAUCGAGCGGGUGAUCGGAGCAGGGGAGUUCGGAGAGGUCUGCAGCGGCCGGCUGAAGCUGCCGGGGAAGCGCGAUACAGCCGUGGCCAUUAAGACCUUGAAAGUGGGCUACACAGAGAAGCAGAGGCGGGACUUCCUGUGCGAGGCUAGCAUCAUGGGCCAGUUUGACCACCCCAACGUAGUGCACCUGGAGGGCGUCGUGACCCGUGGAAAGCCCGUGAUGAUUGUGAUUGAAUAUAUGGAGAAUGGUUCAUUAGACGCAUUUCUUAGGAAACACGACGGCCAGUUCACGGUCAUCCAGCUGGUGGGCAUGCUGCGGGGCAUCGCUGCCGGCAUGCGCUACCUCUCCGACAUGGGAUACGUUCACCGCGAUCUGGCAGCGCGCAACAUUCUCGUCAACAGUAAUCUUGUAUGCAAAGUGUCUGACUUCGGACUGUCAAGAGUGAUCGACGAUGACCCUGAAGCCGUGUACACGACUACGGUGAGCGAGAUACAUCCAGACAAGGGUGGAAAAAUACCAGUGCGGUGGACAGCGACAGAAGCUAUCCAGUACCGCAAAUUCACAUCUGCUAGUGAUGUCUGGAGUUAUGGGAUUGUCAUGUGGGAAGUCAUGUCCUAUGGGGAGAGACCUUACUGGGACAUGUCCAAUCAAGAUGUAAUAAAGGCAAUUGAGGAAGGCUAUCGCCUGCCCGCCCCUAUGGACUGCCCCUCGGGGCUACACCAGCUGAUGCUGGACUGCUGGCAGAAAGACCGCAACGAGCGGCCCAAGUUUGACCAGAUAGUGGGCAUCCUGGAUAAAAUGAUCCGGAACCCCAACACACUAAAAACCCCUGUAGGAACCUGUACAAGACCGAUUAGUCCCCUUUUAGAUCAGAGCACACCAGACUUCACCACUUUCCGCUCGGUGGGGGAUUGGCUCGAGGCCAUCAAGAUGGAGAGAUACAAAGACAGCUUCACAGCAGCCGGCUACAGCUCACUGGAGUCCGUAGCGAGGAUGAGUAUCGAGGAUGUGAUGAGCUUGGGAAUCACCUUAGUGGGUCAUCAAAAGAAGAUCAUGAGCAGCAUACAGACUAUGCGGGCGCAGAUGCUGCACCUCCAUGGCACCGGGGUCCAGGUGUGACAUAGACCCCCCUCCCCCCAUCCAGAACAAUGCCUGGGUCUACCUGCGGACAGUCAUCCAAAACAUGUCAUUUCCUGUCGCUCUUGGAUUUGCGGAAUAACACGGUCAUGCCUCUGGGCUGUCCGCACGAAGGGUAUGACUUUCUGUCGGUCACGGGCCGGAGAAGAUGCUACCUGGACGCUUAAUUUUUUUCAGGGCUCUGAAGAACUCUUCCUUGUAUUUGAGAAAAGAGGCAGAGCAAUGGAAAUGAUUUUAUGGAUUUUACAUUGUUCAUUUAUUAACUUUGUAAUUUUAUUUUUUUUCUGGUUGCCAUCAGUAUGGAUUCCACUAAACCCUCAUUUUUCCCUCCACGAAGAAACACUAGUUUUCCCCACAGUGGUGAUUUCACUGUUAUAUUCACUCUUGUUUUCUUCCUAUUUCCACCGCGGUGACAUGGUAUGAAACCAUAACAUCUUGUCUUUUUUCCUUCUUCCCCUCGAGUCUUUCUUUUUUUCCUCUUAAUUUGGAACUGACGACAGGGUAAAGUCGGAACCGGGCUAAACGUGGCGUUCGAGGGGCCUAGUGAUAGGUUCCUAGGUACUAUGGACGGUGUGUAGGGAUGCCCCCCCCCCCAGUCGUGGGGGUGCACAUGAGGUGCGGCAUGGUGCUGCUGCCCGGUAUUCACUUAAGGGUGAUAUUUUUGCACCACAGUUCAGCUGUGUUUAGGAAUAAAGUUCACAGAGCCGUUUGCUGCUUUACGGAAGUGUUUUAUAGUGGGUUUAUUUGAUGGUCAUAAUUUUGUUGAAAUCAUCUUUUUUUUUUUUAAUGUUCACGUGCCAAGAGCAAAACAAUGAUUAUACCUAACGACUGAAAAAAAAGAAAGAAAACAUGCCGAAAACGACAAAUUUGAUUUAUGAAUAUCAAGCAUAGAGAUUAAGACAUUCGUAAAACUUCAUUUACUACUUAUAUUUAUUUUGUCUGCAGGAUAUUUUGCAUCCUGAAUUUUAAUAAAUGAUAAGGAUCCUCAGAUAGCACUAUGGAAAGAUUGUACUAAGGCAAAUAGGGGUGAUUCAAUCUAACGCAAAGGCUUUAGAGAUGGUGAUACCCUUAAAAAGGCAAGGUGAACAGUAAAUAAAGCAGUCAUACCUUUUGUUAUUUCCUUCAUGACAUUUUUCCAUUCUGUCUCAGUUCUGAUACGUGGAAAGUGUUGUGUUGGUUUUGUCGGAAGCUGUAACGCCUUAAAUGAUAUUUUUUCGGUAUCACUAUAAGUAAACUCUUUGCGGUUGAAUGUGCCUGAUGUCUUUGACGGACUGAUACGACAGUAUGCUGGGUUUCUCCUCUGUUAUUGUGGUAUCCUUCCUAGAACUUGAAUCAAAUAAUAAAAAUAAAUAUGUACUUUCAUCUAGAGGUUGUAGUGAUAAACAUUGUUUGUAUACUAGCGGGUCACUCGACCAAACAGAGCAAUAAUAUCUCCCGAUAAAAUAUGUCAUCUUUGAAAUGUCAAGGUUCUAGGUUCUAGGUUUUAUAGCAACGUUGCUGGUGUUUGGGUGAAAAGUCUCAGCUACUGAUGAGAGAGAGAAUGCACGAUGACCUUUCUCAAGCAGCGGACCGCCUGGAGAGAUACUUUUGAUUGUUUAUUUAAGUGUAUCUGCUCAAUCUACCCAGGCAUUUGCAUUUUACAACAUACAUAAAUAUUUUAAGCCCCCCCCCCCCCCCCCCCUCGUAUUUAUGCAUAACGGGGCAACGUGAAAAACAGACUCUGCAACCAGGUGUUCACCAAUAAUCCUUUGGUGCCGCCAUCCUCUGGUUUCCUGCAACCAAUGAAUGUGUUACAGUGUGGAACCUGUCUCCAGCUUUUUUUUAUUUUCUUUGCUUUGCUCUUCAUUAUUAAAAAAAAGGUCUUUCCAGUUGGAGUGGUUUAAGGGGGUUAUGAUGACGUGAGACAUUCCUCUCCAAUUGCAGAAGACACCAACACUGUUAGGGCAGUGGUGCAUUGCUACGUGCGUGUUGUAUGGAACUGUGAGACUGGCAUCCAGCAGUCUGAAUGGCGAGAAGCUCAGAAUAGAGAGGUAGUCUGCCCUGAAGUAAUCCAACUGACUACCUCAUAAAUCUAUCGCGGCUUCAUGCUAACAAAUAUCUGCUUCCCGAGUCGACCUCCAGAAUCUCCCAAAAUGUCUUUGCGUGAGAUCCCUCCCUUCCGCUUUGUAUCAGUGCGUUAGACUGUCGCUGGCUUUGAGGAAGCUGAAGCCAGCGUGUUUGUUUGCAUUCGCCCCGUGUGACGAUGAGCUCCGAAUGUGACCCAUGGCCGGGCAUAAUCUCUGAACCACAGCAGCCCGCACACGCUGCAUGUGGGGCCGCCGGUCCACCGGCCAGCUGGGUGCCGGCGUGUGCCGCCCUGCUCUGGAACGUGGAGCGGGCUGUAGAUCCUCUCCUUCUGCCCUUGCCUUAAACCUUACCAUCUGGUGCUCUGCCAGCCUUCUAAAUUGAAUACCAGCAUGAACACCCCGGUCAGCACAAACGUUACGGACGAGGUGCUGCAGUCAGUCAUCUCCAUCCCUCUGCACCUCAAAAAGGGACGGAUCCUUAAACAGGCCCAGGUGGGACGCCAACUACCCUCCAGGGUUGGGGUUUUGACAGAAGGUAGAGACAGGCCACAAAAAUUUAAGGUGAACCCCCUCCCCCCCCCAAGACAAGUAAAAUGACUAAAAAUGAGACGUGGACAUCCCCUUACAAUAGUGGCUGGUGAUUCCAAAGAGUAAAGCACUGUUGAUUGUGUGAGAAAGAUCCUUGCGAUCAGAGAAAUACUUUGUAUAUGUUCCAUUGUAAAACUUGUACAUUUUAUUUAUAUUGUCUGUUUUUUACACACAUUACUCUGUAGUGAGCUCUGAAUACAUUGAAAAUGCACUAUAUUUUUCUAUCUCACUUGCAGAAGAUAAUAUCACCCCACUGAUUUCAGUUGUACAUAAUUUCUCAUUUAGGACCAAAGAUGGCUUAUAGGUUUUCCAUUCAAAUAUGUAUUUCAAUUCAUUGUCUCAUUUAGUUUAUGUACAGUAAUAUGAAUUGUCAAUUUAUUAUUUAUUUUUACUGUGACGAGAGUAUUGAGAUAUUCAUUGGUCAAAAGUAUUUUCCCCAACAGCUGAACUGUAAAAUCCUUUACCUAGACAUCUUCGUGUUACAUAGACAUUUUUUUUUCCUUUUUUGCUUUGUAAUCUUUGUAAUAGACUGUACAUAUAUUUUUGAAAAUAUAAUACAAACUCUACAGAAA